AUGCAGAUCCUUUCACGACUCCAAUUGAGGCCCUUACUCGCGCAAGCGCGGCGAUGCGCGCGUCCUGGCCUGCGACCACUCCCGCUCUCUCUCCCUUCCAACACUCUGAUCCGCCUCGCAGCGACCGUGUCAACAAAUACCCGCCAACUCGAUCUACCGGCUUUAGACAAGAAAUGGCAAGCGAAGUGGCAGUCCGAGGGCGCAUUGCCGCGCCCUCCAGCAGAGGCGGGCGCCGAAGCAAAACCGAAGUCGUACAUCUUGUCUAUGUUUCCGUACCCGUCGGGUACGCUGCACAUGGGGCAUCUGAGAGUAUACACGAUCUCCGAUGUGAUAUCGCGGUUUUAUAAAAUGCGUGGGCAUGACGUCUUGCAUCCGAUGGGGUGGGACGCGUUCGGGCUGCCGGCGGAGAAUGCAGCGAUCGAGCGCGGCGUUGAUCCGGCCGCGUGGACAGAGCAGAAUAUUGCGAAGAUGAAAGAGCAGCUGAGGUGUAUCUCUGCUUCAUUUGACUGGGAUAGAGAACUGGCGACCUGCGCUCCGGAAUUCUACGAGCAUACGCAGCGAAUCUUCUUGAUGCUCCACGAAAAGGGCCUGGCAUACCAGGCCGAGGCGCUGGUUAACUAUGACCCCGUUGACAAGACCGUGCUGGCAAACGAACAGGUUGACGCAAAUGGGUUCUCCUGGCGGUCUGGCGCGAAGGUUGAGAAGUUGAACCUGAAACAAUGGUUCUUCCGUAUCACAGACUUCAAGGAAGACCUGUUGAAGGAUCUUGAUUCACUCUCUGGGGGCUGGCCUGAACGCGUCCUGUCCAUGCAACGGAACUGGCUUGGGAAAUCCCACGGGGCCAAUGUCACAUUUCCCGUGACGAUCGAGGGGCAAGGCGGACAGGAAGUCAGCGUGGACGUCUUCACGACGCGUCCAGAUACUUUGUACGGUGUUGAGUAUCUUGCUCUGUCGCUGGACCACCCAAUUGUCACAAAGGCUGCCGAGAAGGACGCAGCGCUCCGCAAAUUCUUGGACGAAGCAUCCUCGCUUCCGGCCGAUUCUAAGGCUGGCUAUCAGCUGAAGGAUGUUUUUGCGUCUCACCCCUUGGGAAAAAUUGACAGUGAGAACCCCUAUGUCCAGAGGAAACUGCCCAUCUUUGUGGCACCGUAUGUCCUGAGUGAUUACGGCGAGGGAGCUGUCAUGGCUGUUCCUGGCCACGACACCAGAGACAUGGCAUUCUACAAAGAAAAUGUGAAUCCCAAAUACAUCCCAAUUGUCAUUGAGCCAGAGACCUCCGAAAAGGAAACGAGCGACAGCGUUGUGCCCGCUAAGGAUGCCAAGGCCUUCACUCAGGAUGGUCUGUUAACCUCACGCUGCGGGAAGUAUCAAGGUGUGCAUUCAAAAGAGGCUGCAACGCAGAUUGUCGCAGAGCUGGAAAAAGCCGGACAGGCUAAAUUUGUCGAGAGCUGGCGGCUUCGAGACUGGCUGAUCAGCCGGCAGAGAUAUUGGGGUGCUCCCAUCCCGAUUAUCCACUGCGGUGAUUGUGGUCCUGUCCCAGUGCCGGCGAAAGACCUGCCUGUUAAGCUGCCAAAGAUUGAAGGAGAAUGGCUGAAGGGCAAGAAGGGGAACCCGCUGGAGUCGUCGGAAGAGUGGCUUCACACUAAUUGCCCGAGCUGUGGCGGCCCGGCUCAGCGCGAUACAGACACCAUGGACACCUUUGUCGACUCGUCAUGGUACUACUUGCGUUUCUUAGACCCUGCCAACAAGGACGCUCCGUUCUCGCCUUCUGUUGCACGGCCGGUGAAUGUUUACAUUGGUGGCGUGGAGCAUGCUAUUCUACAUCUGCUCUAUGCCCGGUUCAUAUACAAGUUCCUCGCCCGGUCGGAACUGUUCCCAGCCAUUGCUCAUUCCGAGGAAGUCCCGGCUGAGCCGUUCAAAAUGCUUCUUUCCCAGGGCAUGGUCCACGGCAAGACUUUCACCGAGCCAUCGACCGGUCGGUUCUUGCUCCCGUCGGAAGUGGACCUCUCUAGCCCUGACAAGCCUUUGAUCAAGGGGACUCGAGUCCCCCCCAAUGUGUCAUUCGAGAAAAUGUCCAAGAGCAAAUACAACGGUGUCGACCCAACCGUUUGCGCGACCAAGUAUGGUGCCGAUGCCACCCGCGCUCACAUCCUCUUCUCUGCCCCGGUUAGCGAGGUGCUGGAGUGGGACGAGACCAAGAUCGUCGGCGUAGAGCGCUGGUUUGGCCGGCUCUGGAAGCUUGUCUCUGAUGCGCAGCAGACUCUGGCUGGGGCGUCCUUUGCUAUCACCGCGGCUGAUCUGGACGCUCCUACUGGCCACGCCGUGCCCCUCCCAGCUUCGUUCCAGGAUCUGAGCGACUCCGAUGCGGAGACAGUUCUGACCACGCACAAUAUUAUAUCCUCUGUCGCCACGUGCAUCGAGUCAAACCCCUACGGUCUGAACACUGUCAUCUCAGAUCUGAUCAAAUUGACCAACGCCUUAUCGUCGGCCCCUCCCUCCUCCCCUGUUGCCCUCUAUCUAUCCGUCUCCUCUCUCCUCCGCCUCCUCUCCCCAAUCGCACCGGCCCUUGCAUCAGAAUCAUGGGAGGUCCUUCACAAGUCCCUCGCGAAGAGCACCAAUCCCUCGGACACAGUGCCAUCCAUCUUGUCCGCGCCAUGGCCCACCCCACUUCUCACUCCCGAACAAGCGGAAUCCCUCUCCGCUCGCGGCGGCCAGACCGUAGCAGUCCAAAUCAACGGAAAGCUGCGCUGCGCUGUCACCAUCCCGCGCAUGCCCUCCCCGGCCACGUCUUCUCCCCAGGACAAGGGCCCGUCGCAGGAGGAGCAAGACUGGAUUGUCAGUCAGGUCUUAGAGACUGCCGCAGGCAAGCUAUGGCUUCGAGAGAAACAUGACUGGGAGAAGAGGCGGCGGGUUAUCGUCGUCAAGGGUGGGAAGUUGGUGAAUGUUGUGUUUUGA